UCAUGACAACGGAAUGGACAAUCCCUAGUCUAAACCCUGGUGUCUGUGUUCAGAGCUACAACACAACACCAUGCAACACCAAGCUUACCAACCCCUGCUGCCCUGCGCCAACAAAUACCUGCAGUACAAAUGGGAUAAAAGCUGCUAUGAAACUCACAGGAACCGGGUUCAGACUGCGAAGGCAACUAUAAACACAACUCCACCAAAGGUCUACAGUCACCUUCUCGUCAAAGGAAAAAAACAAAAGCUUGAAGAAGACCGACUAUCAACCAUCCAAAGAGAAAAUCACAUGUUACUUGAUAAAAUAAACCAUAUAAUGAAGACCACAGGAAGGACUGACUGUAAAAAUGAUUAUGUGCAAAAAAGUCUUAUUUCAGGUAAAAGGCAACAGGACCUGCUGCAAAUAGUCAAAGAAAACCAGUUAAUGUUCCAGCGUUUAUCACAGUGCAGAGCGACCUACAGUGCAGAGCUGUGGAGGAAUCAGUGGCUAGAAAACCUCAACCUCAUGGAGAACAUCGGACGCUUCCCGAGCACAAACAGCACUCAGCCAUCUUCAAGUGCUUCAUCUAAGAAGACCUCUAAAACAUCCAAGAAGUCAAUUCAAGCUGAUUCCCUGAGCAAGGACAAGAAGACAGGCAAACAUGAAGAGGAGGAAAAGGACAAGCCUCAAUCAGAACAUAAAUCAUCAGAAUCUAAUGAGUAACUGAUUACAAUUAUGCUGAUGUUAUGGGUGUGCUAUACUGUAUCAUAUGCAAUAAUAUCACCAACAUUUUUUAAUAUGGUGAAGGAUUAUUAUAGCCUGAAAUAUGGUGCCAUAUCAUCCACCCCUAAUUAUCACAUCAGGGUACCACUUUUUUACUGUUUUUAACAGAAGAAAAAUUCACACUGUUCUCAUUUCCCAUUAUAUAUCUACUAGAAAGACACAGAUUAUAUCUGUCCAGUAUCAUUUAUUUUACGUUAAUACUGAAAAUAUUAAGAUAUAAAAUUAUUGUAUUUUUUAAUAUCUCAGUUAGGGGUGUGCCAUAUAAUACCAUUUAUGCAAUAAUACAAUUAUUAUAUUAUUUUCCUUUUGUUGCAGUAGUGUAUUCUCGAUUUUUUUUUUAUUCAGUGUUUGUCAUAUCACCAUGAGUAUCAUUAUCAGACGCAAAUAUUUUGGUUUUGUUAGGUUUUUCUUUCAAUGAAGAGAAAACCGUGUUUGAAAUCCACAACAUAUCACUUGUAUCACAUGUACUAACUUCUUAUUAACUUCUUACAUUUCAUAAAUGCCAAGAUAAAGACAAUCUUCCACUCCAGGGCAACUGCUGGAUUCUACAACAAACCACUUCCACAUUCUGAGGAUUACACUGACUCUGCAGUGAAUCACACUGAGUGUCUAAAUGUUUUUUUUAUGGUUAAAAUCUUGUGAUUUAAACUUCCAGAGAUGUGUGACUUUACAGUGUUUGUAUCAUGUGAAUACUGGGAAAUAAAGUCAUGUUACUAAA